CGUGUGCUGCGCGGCCGUGCGCUCCCCUAAUCUGACAGAUGAACACCGCCAUGGGUUUGCCGCAACACAAGCAAAAGCACCUUUGGGGGCUGUGGCGAGGGCUCGAAACCGGGAUCUAAAAGAGAAGAGACAAGAAGGGGGGAAAGCCGAGGGAGGAGGAGGAGGAGGAGGAAGAAAGAAGAAGAAGAGGAAGCUGCUAAGAAGCCCCCGCUGCCGUUUUUUGGGGGGAUAUGGUGGCAGAUCUGAUCUCUUCUGAGCUCUUUGCAGCCUCUGGGCAACUAGGCCGUUGAACUCGGUGGACGGUUGCCAUCUGUUCCCUGGGAUCCUACCUGCCCUUUCUCUCCCCGUCCCCUCCUGUGCACCCCUUCCCUGUGAUAAAACUCCAGUGCACUGCGGUACUGCUAUGGAGCCCAGGGAGACUUUGGGCAGCUCCCGGCAAAGGGGAGGCGAGGCGGAUUUUCUGCCGGCCACUGUCACCUCUGCCAAGCCUCCGCCAGCCUCUGGCUGCACGGGGGAGACGAUGCUGCCUGCGGCAGGCUCGGGAAAAGGGAUCCCAGUGAGUGGAGAGCGGAUGGAGCCCGAAGAGGAGGAUGAGCUGGCUUCUGGGAGAGAUGUGGAUUCCACUUCCAACGCGGACAGUGAGAAAUGGGUGGCAGGAGAUGGGCUGGAGGAGCAGGAGUUUUCCAUCAAGGAAGCUAACUUCACAGAGGGGAGUUUAAAACUAAAGAUCCAGACCACCAAGAGAGCUAAGAAGCCCCCAAAGAACUUGGAGAACUAUAUUUGCCCUCCUGAGAUCAAAAUCACCAUCAAGCAGUCUGGGGAGCAAAAGCUUUCCAGAGCUGGGAAAAAUAGCAAAGCAGUGAAGGAGGAGGACAGAUCGCACUCCAAAAAGAAGGUAACUCUUUUGCUUUCCUUGGCGGCAAGUCAGUUGGAAGGCUUUCAGCCUGCUGUAUAUGACAGGCCACAAAAACAUUCUGCUCUGCACUAUGAUCCAGGCCUCCAACAAGACUUCACCAGUGACACCUUAAAAUCAAAGCACCAGCAGAAAAGUAGCAACCAGCACCAUCUUGACUGGUCAGCAAGCUCCGAUACUGGAUCCACUUCUCAAAGUUGCUUCAUCAACACAGAACCCAGUCGAGAAGCAGUUAGUGCCACCAAGGUCACCGCUCCAGAACCAGGAGUUUCCUUCAGCAAAUCCCAAGCAAAGAAGUCCUGUGCCAGCAGCACAUGGGGGCAGCUGUCGGCCAGCAGCAAAGAGCUUGCCAUCUGCAGUGCAGUCCCAUCACCCAACAAUAUUAGUGCGGCCGCCCAGCCAAGCAGCGCUUCUGAGUGCAACCGGCUGUUGCCUCUUGGUGAUCAAGAGGGAGGUGUGCAGCUGGAAGCCCCCGAUCAGCCUGCUGGGAGUACAAAGAAGAAGUCCAGCAAAAAGGACUUGAUAAGUCAAACCAUCCAAACUGCAGACAUCGAAUGGGUGAAGAGUGCUCAGAAAACAUUUGAUAGCAAAUCCCAUGACAGCAUGGAAGGAAAAAAGGAGUCGUACUCGAUGGACACUAUGUUGGAUGCAUCACCCUCAAAGCAGAAUCCCACUUCUGCUAGCAGUUGUGAAAGUGACACCAGUCAUGUACGAAUUACUAUCCCAAUAAAGUCUCCGACAACAGAUUCAUCUGGCCACAAAAGGAAAAAAAGGCAAUCUACAAAAUCUUCCAUGGAGAAAACUAUCCAGGAGAAAAGCCUGCCUUCUGCACUUGCUAUGAGCAGUGAAGUAGCAAACAGGACUAGCUCUCAUUCAGAGGGGAGUAAAAAAGAUCUUCGAGCCACAAAGCCAGGGAAAGUGAUUGAAGAUGAGUCCCCCUUAGUAGCUAUUGACAGCAGUGUGCUUACUGACAAAGCUUCCCCCAACAGUGCCACCCGACUCAGAAAACCUGUAGCUGUGACACCCACUCUCCUAUCCACCGAUCUUCCCACAGCUAGCAAAUUAUCGGAAGUCCAGCACCCCAAACUUGCAGCUAAGCGGCGAUGGACCUGCAGCAAACCUAAAUCUAUCCUUCGGGAGACCUCCAUGACAGCAUCGGAGAAGCUGAUGGUGGAGCCUCCUUCAGCCUAUCCCAUCACACCAUCUAGCCCUCUGUAUACCAAUACAGACAGUCUUACUGUGAUCACACCUGUCAAGAAAAAAAGAGGACGACCAAAGAAACAGCCUUUGCUCACUGUUGAAACCAUUCAUGAGGGAACCUCUACCAGCCCAGUGAGUCCAAUCAAUCGUGAAUUUCCAGGAACAAAGAAAAGGAAGAGGAGACGGAAUCUGGCCAAGUUGGCCCAGAUGGUCCCAGGAGAGGACAAGUCCAUCAGUGAACUCAAGUUUCACAAAAAGGUCGGGAAGCUUGGGGUCUUGGAUAAGAAGACUAUCAAGACCAUUAACAAGAUGAAGACCCUCAAGAGGAAGAAUAUUCUCAAUCAGAUCUUGUCCUCCUGCUCCAGCAGCAUAGCUCUGAAAGCGAAAGUCCAGCCACCGUCUAGUGCUGGGCCAACAACCAUUGAUGCCAGGCUAGGGAAGCAGAUCAAUGUCAGCAAGAGGGGGACUAUCUACAUUGGUAAAAAACGGGGCAGGAAGCCAAGAGCAGAGCUGCAGCCUCAACCAGAAGAACCUAAGACAGUCAUCAAGCACUCAAGGCCUGUUUCCAGCCAGCCAGAAAACCCAGCAGUGCCUUCCAACCUGCAGUCACUUGUGGCAUCGUCACCAGCAGCUAUUCAUCCGCUUUCGACACAGUUAGUGGGGACUAAUGGCAACCUUAGCCCUGCAAGUACUGAAACAAAUUUUUCAGAGUUAAAAACUAUGCCAAAUCUUCAACCUAUCAGUGCUCUUCCUACAAAAACCCAGAAAGGAAUGCACAGUGGAACUUGGAAGCUGUCUCCACCCAGGUUAAUGGCUAAUUCACCUUCCCACCUCUGUGAAAUAGGUUCUCUGAAAGAAGUCACGCUGUCGCCAGUGAGCGAGUCUCACAGUGAGGAAACCAUACCAAGUGACAGCGGGAUAGGUACAGACAACAACAGCACUUCUGACCAAGCCGAGAAAAGCUCAGAAUCCCGCCGGAGAUACUCCUUUGAUUUCUGCAGCCUGGACAAUCCAGAGGCUAUCCCAUCCGACACCAGCACAAAGAACAGGCAUGGUCACCGGCAGAAACAUCUCAUUGUGGAUAACUUUCUCUCUCAUGAGAGCAUUAAAAAGCCAAAGCACAAGAGGAAAAGGAAAAGCCUGCAGAACAGAGAUGACCUCCAGUUUCUGGCAGACCUUGAGGAACUCAUCAAUAAGUUUCAAGUGUUCAGGAUUUCCCAUCGAAGUUACACAUUUUAUCAUGAAAAUCCAUAUCCCAGCAUCUUCAGGAUUAAUUUUGAUCACUACUAUCCUGUGCCAUAUAUCCAGUAUGACCCAUUGCUCUAUCUUCGCAGAACCUCUGACAUGAAGUCUAAGAAGAAGCGUGGUAGACCUGCCAAAACCAAUGACACCAUGACAAAGGUGCCUUUUUUACAAGGGUUUGGUUACCCUAUUCCCAGUGGGAGUUACUAUGCACCCUAUGGAAUGCCUUACACAUCAAUGCCUAUGAUGAAUCUUGGUUACUAUGGUCAGUAUCCAGCUCCUUUGUACCUGUCUCACACGCUCGGAGCGGCUUCCCCAUUUAUGAGACCUACUGUGCCCCCACCCCAAUUCCAUGCAAGCUCUCAUAUGAAGAUGUCCACCACUGCCAAGCAUAAAACAAAACACGGAGUGCACCUACAAACACCUGUGGGAAUGGGCCUUGGAGACAUGCAGUCCUCUUUGGCUCCUCCAAAGGUCGGAGGAACAAGCCUUUCAAGUGGCCGACUUCACAAAAGGAAACACAAACAUAAGCACAAGCAUAAGGAUGAGCGGAUAUUGGGGACGCAUGAAGAUCUGAGUGGUCUCUUUGCUAGCAAGUCCACUGGCUUCUCCAGCCAUGCGAUCAAUGAAAGACUAAGUGGCUCAGAUAAAGAUCUGUCCUUGCUCAAUGAGAAAAGCAAGCAUAAGGAGAAACAGAAGCACCAGCAUUGUGAAACUGGGCACAAAGGCUCAAAGAGUAACUUUGAAGUGGAUACGCUGUCUACGUUAUCACUUUCUGAUGCCCAGCAGUGGACACAGAGUAAAGAUAAAAGUGACUCAAGCAAUGAUCCCAUUGACUCUUGCACAAAAAGAUACUCUGGUAAUACUGAGAGUAAUGCAAGAUCAGAGUCCCUGGACAUGUUUGGUGAAAUGAAUUCCUCAAGUGAGAAGCGGGACAACGAUGCAAGUGGGAAUAAAAGAAGAAGCUUUGAAGGGUUUGGAACUUACAGGGAAAAGGACAUUCAGCCCUUCAGGACAAAUAGGAAGGACAGAAGUAAUUAUGAUUCUUCGGCCUCUUCAGGAAUUGUAGGACCCCACUUAAAAGCAGACCAGACUUCAGUUCACAGUAAAAUGGAAAGUUCUGCCUGUAACAUGAUGACCAGAAGGAAACCAGCAGCUGUUGACAGUGUUGCAAUGCCAACUCCAGUAUUAUCUCUCCUACCUUCAUCAUCAGCAACAUCUGAAGCAGCCAGCCCACCACUGAAAAAAAGGUUCAAGCGCCGUGAAAUCGAAGCAAUCCAGUGUGAGGUGCGCAAGAUGUGCAACUACACCAAGAUCCUGUCCACAAAGAAGAAUCUGGAUCACGUGAACAAGAUCCUGAAAGCCAAGCGGCUGCAGAGACAAUCAAAGACAGGCAAUAACUUUGUCAAGAAGCGGAGGGGGCGUCCCCGGAAGCAGCCCCUCUCCUUUGACGAAGACUCCAGAGACCAAAUGCCCGUUCUGGAAAAAUGCAUUGACCUUCCCAGCAAAAGAGGUCAGAGACCGACACUGAAUCCAUUGAUAUUGGAGCAAGCAGCCACCCAAGACACAAUCAUGGCCACCAUCGAAGCUGUCAUACACAUGGCUCGAGAGACGCCACCCCUGCCACCUCCUCUCCCUCCUCCCCCCCCGCCACCCCCUCUCCCUCCACCCCGGACACCCCGGGUUGGGAAAAGGAAAAGCAAGUCCCCGCAGGAGGAGGAGGAGGACGUGAAAGUGAAGCGGCACCGGAAAGGCAGAGGAAGUGAAAGCGAAGGCCUCCCGUAA